GUUUCCCGACGGAGCUCUCAGAGAGAACACCCCGGGGCAAGAUGGAGGUCGGGCCUCAGCCGCUGCCCCGGGCCUGGGAUACUUCGGAGGUAUUGGACUGAGGCUGUGGUAACUGUAGCUCGGACACCGAGCGCCGGGACAUCGAGUGGAUAAAGAUCUACGGCCUGCGGAAAAAACAAGCUCCCCUGAAGGGAGAAGCUGCCCUCAGCUGUGAGUCCUAUGCAAGAUCCCUAAUGAUUACCUGGCAUUUCUGCGUCACAGGCAGAUCCUCGGGGUUUGUGCACGUUUGCAAGCAUGUUCACCGUUUCGCAGACCUCGAGAGCAUGGUUCAUCGACAGAGCCCGUCAGGCUCGAGAGGAAAGGCUCGUGCAGAAGGAGCGGGAGCGGGCAGCCGUGGAGAUUCAGGCCCACGUACGGAGUUUCCUCUGCCGGCGUCGACUGCAAAGAGAAAUCCGGAGAGAGAUUGAUGAGUUUUUUAAAGCAGAUGACUCCGGGUCCAGUAAAAGAAGCGCACUUUGUAUUUUUAAGAUUGCCAGGAAACUGCUGUUCUUGUUCAGAAUUAAAGAGGAUAAUGAGAGAUUUGAGAAGUUGUGUCGCUGCAUCCUGAGCAGCAUGGAUGCUGAGAGUGAACCCAAGGUAUGGUACGUGUCCCUGGCUCUUUCCAAGGAUCUCACCCUCCUAUGGAUUAAACAGAUCAAAAACAUUCUGUGGUAUUGCUGUGAGUUCCUUGAGCAGCUCAAGCCUGAAAUUUUACAGGACUCCAAACUCAUCACACUGUACCUCACGGUGCUUGUCACGUUCACAGACACUUCAACAUGGAAAAUUCUCCGGGGAAAAGGUGAGAGUCUUCGACCAGCCCUGAACCACAUUUGUGCAAAUAUAAUGGGACAUCUCAACCAGUGUGGAUUUUAUUCUGUGCUGCAGGUACUAUUAACCCGUGGCCUGGCGAGACCGCGGCCUUGUCUGUCCAAAGGCACUCUGACGGCGGCCUUGUCCCUAGCGCUGCGCCCUGUGAUCGCUGCACAGUUUUCAGAUAAUCUGAUCCGGCCAUUUCUCAUCCACAUCCUGUCCGUGCCAGCCCUCAUCAGUCAUCUCAGCACGGUGACCCCAGAGCGCCUCACUGUUUUAGAAUCUCACGACAUGCUCCGUAAAUUCAUCACAUUUUUAAGAGACGAAGAUCGAUGCCGUGAUGUGUGUGAAAGUUUAGAAGGAUGCCAUACACUUUGUCUCAUGGGCAACCUCCUGCACUUGGGCUCCCUCAGCCCCAGAGUGUUAGAGGAGGAGACGGACGGGUUCGUGAGUUUGCUCACCCAGAUGCUCUGCUACUGUCAGAAGUAUGUGUCCCAGAAGAAGUCCAACCUGACCCACUGGCACCCUGUCCUUGGCUGGUUCUCCCAAUCCGUGGACUAUGGCCUUAAUGAGUCCAUGCCGUUGAUCACCAAACAGCUGCAGUUCCUGUGGGGGGUGCCUCUGAUCCGGAUUUUCUUCAGUGACAUCCUGAGCAAGAAGCUGCUGGAGAACCCGGAGCCAGCCCACGUGCAACCCGCGUCCCCGCAGAACGUGCUUCCUGUGAAGACUCUCUUGAAGCGUGCGUUUCAGAAGUCCGCGUCGGUUCGGAACAUUCUCAGGCCCGUCGGGGGUAAACGUGUUGAUUCCGCGGAGGUCCAGAAGGUCUGCAACAUCUGCGUCCUCUACCAGACCUCGCUGACGACACUGACCCAGAUCCGGCUGCAGAUACUCACAGGUCUCACUUACCUUGAUGACCUGCUGCCCAAACUGUGGGCGUUUAUCUGUGAGCUGGGGCCCCACGGAGGGUUAAAGCUCUUCUUGGAAUGCCUCAGCAGUGACACUGAAGAGUCCAAGCAGCUCUUGGCCAUGCUGAUGCUGUUCUGUGACUGUUCCCGGCACCUCAUCACGAUCCUUGAUGACAUCGAAGUUUAUGAAGAACAGAUUUCAUUCAAACUGGAAGAGCUGGUCACCAUCUCCUCUUUUCUGAAUUCCUUUGUGUUUAAGAUGAUCUGGGACGGAAUCGUAGAGAACGCCAAGGGCGGGACCUUGGAGCUGUUCCAGUCCGUCCACGGGUGGCUGAUGGUGCUGUAUGAGCGGGACUGCCGGCGGCGCUUCGCCCCCGACGACCACUGGCUGCGAAAGGAUCUCAAACCCAGUGUGCUCUCUCAAGAACUCGACAAGGACAGAAAACGGGCGCAGCUGAUCCUGCAGUAUAUCCCGCACGUCGUUCCUCACAAAAACAGAGUUCUCCUGUUCCGCAACAUGGUGACCAAGGAGAAGGAGAAGCUGGGGCUCGUGGAGACCAGCUCUGCCUCCCCUCACGUCACACACAUCACCAUCCGCCGGUCCCGGAUGUUGGAGGACGGCUACGAGCAGCUCCGGCAGCUCUCCCAGCACGCCAUGAAGGGCGUGAUCCGCGUGAAGUUUGUCAAUGACCUCGGGGUGGACGAGGCAGGGAUUGAUCAAGACGGUGUUUUCAAGGAGUUCUUGGAAGAAAUCAUCAAGAGGGUGUUCGACCCGGCUCUCAACCUGUUCAAGACAACCAGUGGGGAUGAGAGACUCUACCCUUCGCCCACGUCCUACAUUCAUGAGAAUUACCUGCAGCUCUUUGAGUUUGUGGGCAAGAUGCUGGGGAAGGCUGUGUAUGAGGGAAUCGUGGUGGACGUGCCCUUUGCGUCCUUCUUCCUGAGCCAGCUGCUCGGGCACCACCACAGUGUCUUCUACAGCUCUGUGGACGAACUGCCCUCUCUGGACUCCGAGUUCUAUAAAAACCUCACUUCCAUUAAGCGGUACGAUGGGGACAUUGCUGACCUGGGCCUGACACUGUCAUAUGAUGAGGAUGUCAUGGGUCAGCUUGUUUGCCAUGAACUGAUUCCUGGAGGGAAGACCAUCCCUGUUACAAAUGAAAAUAAAAUUAGCUACAUCCAUCUGAUGGCCCACUUUCGAAUGCACACUCAAAUCAAGAACCAGACAGCUGCCCUCAUUAGCGGAUUCCGUUCCAUCAUCAAACCCGAGUGGACCCGGAUGUUCUCAACCCCUGAGCUCCAGCGACUCAUCUCCGGGGACAAUGCUGAGAUUGAUCUGGAAGAUUUAAAGAGGCACACGGUGUACUAUGGUGGCUUUCAUGGAAGUCACAGGGUCAUUAUCUGGCUCUGGGAUAUCCUGGCGUCUGACUUCACGCCCGACGAGAGAGCCAUGUUUCUGAAGUUUGUGACCAGCUGCUCCAGGCCUCCGCUUCUGGGAUUCGCCUACCUCAAGCCUCCUUUCUCCAUCCGCUGUGUGGAAGUGUCAGACGAUCAGGACACCGGAGACACCCUGGGCAGCGUCCUCCGCGGCUUCUUCACCAUCCGCAAGCGGGAGCCGGGCGGCCGUCUGCCCACCUCCUCCACCUGCUUCAACCUACUCAAGCUGCCCAACUACAGCAAAAAGAGUGUUCUCCGGGAGAAGCUGCGCUACGCCAUCAGCAUGAACACAGGCUUCGAGCUCUCUUAGCGCCUGCCCUCGGGGACUCCUGGGCUCCCGGGGACCCUCUGCCCCGGGAGGCGGCGUUCCCCUGAGAGCACAACCAACGGGCCAGGGGACAGCGGCCCCCAGAGCCUCUCUAUAGCCAUGAACUCCCCUGAGGCCUCAAGAGCUUUGGAUGCACUUGACGACACUACGCAGCCUCUCCAGGCGACACUAAUGGGAAGAGGGUGUUGACAAUAAACCUCCGACGCCGCCAGCACUGGUCCUUCUUUCCUGCUUCCCAGGGGUCUGCAGCCCACGCCUGCGAUGGCAGUGGGGCUCCUCUUUUUGAUAGUUUGGUCUUUUUUGUGAGUCUUUUUCUUCCUUAACUUUCUGAGCGAGCUGCACAUGAACAAGUCCCAGGAAUUCCAAGGAUCCAUAGUGGUUUUCGGGACAUGAGCCUGAGGGCACGAAGCCUAGCAAGAGUGAGAGGCCCUCCUUCCGUUUCUGAAAACUUCUCAGGUUAGGCCUCGCCAAGCCUCUAUGCACCCACCAGAGUCUCCGCCUCCGUCCUGUCCACGCUGCUUCUCUCGGGGCAGCCAGGCGCACCUGCUCCCCGGGGAGGCAGAGGCACCUACUGGGAAGGUCACAAAGCACGGGACGUUCGGGGUGCCACUCCCACCUCAAAGCCACGCAUUCCGCACGGUGGCAGCCCCCCUCCCCGCUCUCACCUCGGAUGCUUUGAGUCCUAAGCAGGCCAGGGAGCCCCCACCAGCUCACUCCCAUUGUGGGCAUCCUGGAUUUGGGGGAAAAAAACUUGGCCCUUAAGAGCAGCUCCAUUGCCAGAAGGCAGCAGCUGUUUCCUCAGAACCUGCUAAUUCCCAAGGGGCGGUUGCCUUUCCCCUGCUUGUUUUCUGCACGUGUUGUCCCAUGAGGAUCAGACACCAGCCCAAGGAAGGAACCUGUCCCGUCUGGGCAGUGGCUUUACUCCGUAGACUGUAAAAGUCCCAAGAAACUUGGGUCUUGUUUGCCGUCCUUCCUCAGCACUGGGAACGCGGGAGCCCUUUGCACUGACGGAGGCUCCUGGGGCUGAGGAAACUCACAGGCCCUCCGGGUUGGUUUUUUGGUUUUUCACUUUGUUUUCUCUUCCAACCCAUCAUGCUCUUCUGUCGUCAUUCUUCACCUUUAUCAUCAGAACUUUACUCUAGAUCCAGGGACUUGAGGCAGAGGCCACGUUAGUGAUCCAUUUUGACAGCCACCCACCCUCGACCACCUCCCCAUCCCACUUCUGGUGCAUCCCCGCUACCCAGAUUGAAGCCAGACUAGAAACCUGGUCCCUCCUCCACCCUGUGGAGCCGGCAUAGGGCUUGCAGCUCUCGUCCAAGCAGCAAAACACCUUCCAGAGAGAACCUUCAUGCUGUUGGCAAAGCAGGCAGGACCUGUGUCCAUGGCUUCCAGCAGCAGGUUUUAGCUGGGUGCUGGCGUCCUGCCCAGGCCCGAGCUGGGCGAUGCUAGAGCCCUUGGGCUUCCAGAGAACAGAGUGCCUGUUACUUUGAUGGAAAGACGGCAGGGAGUUUAGACAGACAGGAAUUUAUUAUGAUUAUUUAAGAUUCUUUAGGAACCUCUCACUCUGUGGACUUGCCACUAUCUUUAAACACUCCUUUGAAAAUUUCUUCUGAACAUGCGUGUCAUGCAUGGAUGGAGCAGGCUGGCAUGUUUAUACUGGUGGCUAAAGGACUGUCAACCUGCACAAAGAGGUUUGAUCCCAUCACAAUUUUCAUUCCCUAGUAGUCAGCCAGUGUGCGACGGGAGAGGAGAGUGGUUUAUAGGCACCAACAUCAGCUUCGCGCUUUUCUUGAGGAGGGGUAGUGUAUAAUUUCAUUUAUCUUCUCUCCAGCAGCUGGAGGGACUGCACUGUCUAAAACACUGAAUCUGUGCUGUUACAGCUGGUGUUCACUGACACCGCGAUGGCUCUUGAGGGUUCUAAAAAGUUCUGGGGUUUUUUUUGUUUUCAUAGAUAACUUAUGGAUUAAAAUGUGAUCAAAGGCUUUAUUAAAUUUGUACUUCGGCACA